UUAAGACGACAUUUCAGAUCCAAAGAUGAAUUGUUUAAUUACAUUUGCAGUGGUUUUCUCCAUUAUUAUAGUGGAUACUUAUGAAAAAAGUUUCGGACUCAAGCAAAGAAUCACAGGAAAGAUAUCUCGAUGAAUUAGAACUCAAUCUAGCACUUCGUUUGAUUGGACAUAUCUCCUAUACAAGCGAAACCGAACCGAAUUACAUUAAAGAAAGUCUCUAUUCGCCCGAUAUCAUCGCUGGUAGUGUCCUUUCUAAAAUGAUUGAGAUUGAAGACAGUCCUGUUGUAUCAAGAGCCGAUAUUAUUGUUCUUCUAACUGGGUAA